AUGCCUAAAGAAAAAAAGGAGACCAAGGUGAAGAAAGAAAAGAAGGAAAAGAAAGAAAAGAAAGAGAAAAAGGAGAAAAGGGAAAAACACGCAUCAAAAUCAGAAGAGUCAUUGGAAAAUGUCAUAAAGAAAGAGAUAAUAAAGAAAGAGAUGGAAGAACAAAAAGAACUACCAAAGGAGAGUACGAUGAUAGUACAUUAUGAUUUAAAGGCUUUGGUGCCAUUUGCUCGGCCAUUGGCCUCCAAGGAGUUCUGUUUAGAGUUGAUGCAAACUAUCAGACAAGGCGAAUUGAAGAAUGCUCGACUUAACUUUGACAUCAACGUCUUGGCACGGGAUAAUAGUCUUGUUGUGAUGGCAGGUGAUUGUUCUCCGAUAGAUGUAAUCUCUCACAUUCCAGUUUUAUGCGAGGAGAACGAUGUGCCUUACGUUUUCAUUCCAUCGAGAGCUGAUCUUGGGUUUUCCUGCGCAACAAAGCGUCCAACGAGCGUCGUGAUGGUCGCUCCAGAUUUUAAGAAUGAAGAAAACUUCGAUUACAAAGAUCAAUUUGAUUCAUGCUUAAAAAGAGUGAAAGAAUUGGAACAAGAAGAACUCGUGUUCUGA